AGCAGUAGCGGCGGCGGCAGCAGCAGUGGCAACAGCAGUUCCAGCGAUGCUCCGGAUUCCCAGCAGAUGAUCGCUUCUGGGCAGGUCACUCUGUCCUUUUUCCUCCUGGCCUUGCCAGCCGGGAAGAGCUAAGUAGUCCAGGCGGGGAGCGGGGAACUGAGAGUGGGGAGCAGGGUCUGGGGAACAGCACCGCAUAGGGCGGGAAAACCGAGGAGCCCGGAGGCAACCACCUCUCCCCGACCCUGCUGGCUGACAGACAGCCCCGCCCGUCUCUGCAGCAUGGCUUAAGCCUUCAGCAGCCUCUAUGGGUUCUACUCGGGGCUGACGGGCGAGGCGAGCCCGGGAGAAGAUCUUGCACCUUUGUACUGCAAUUGCAGCCUUUUUGCAAAGCAGCAUUUGCACCCUUUGUAGGAAAGGUUGCACGCUUGCAGACUUUUUCAUCCCAGAGAACAUCACUGACCCCGAACCUUGGGGCUAGUUAAGUAGGGUGGGUGUGUGCUUUUCAAUAAAAUAAAAACUUAGCAGUAGUGAGUGAGUAAGGGGCAACACAGGCAGAAGCAGGAGGCUAGCUCCUUCGAGGGAGCAAGAUCAGUGCAGCCUAGCUUGCUUAGGUGGGAAGAGAAAAGGCAGGCAGAAGGAAGGGUCUUUGGACACAAGCAUCAUGGCUUGGCCGUGCAUCACCCGUGCCUGCUGCAUCGCCCGCUUCUGGAACCAGCUGGACAAGGCGGACAUAGCGGUGCCCCUGGUCUUCACCAAGUACUCGGAGGCCACGGACCACCCGGGUGCCCCGUCGCAACCGCAGCAGCCCCCAGCGGCACAGCCGCAGCAUGCUCCCCCCUCGGCGCGCUCCGUUGCCAUAGAAACGCAGCCGGCCCCGGGCGACCUGGAUGCUGUUGCCCGGGCAACAGGGCCCAGCGGGGAGCGGGAGCCUGGGCCUCCCAGUGCCCAGGCCCAGGCCAAGACAGCCGCCGGCCUAGGUCCGGCGGACUCGGUGAUGCGGCAGGAUUACCGGGCGUGGAAGGUUCAGCGCCCAGAGCCUAGCUGCAAGCCCCGGAGCGAGUACCAACCGUCUGACACGCCCUUCGAGAAGGAGACCCAGUAUCAGAAGGAUUUCCGGGCGUGGCCGCUGCCUCGGCGCGGCGACCACCCCUGGAUCCCCAAGGCGGCCCCGCCGCCCCCGCCGCAGCCGCAGCCCGCCCCGGCCUCGGCCUCCCCGGGCCCGCCUAAGGUGGAGGAGCGCCGGCGGUGGCGGCAGCAGAGUCAGGAGCGGAGAUCGGCCGAGGCCCCUGCCCAGGCUCAGGCUCCAGGAGAUGAGGAAGUGGGAGGAGGAGGAGACCUCCCUGCCGGGAAAGCGUCCGGACCAGACUGGUGGGAGGUGCGCAAGAAGGCGGGGCCCGCGUAUGUGCGGCGGGCAGAGGGCCAGGGGCUGCAGGGGUCCGAGCCCCAGCCGCAGCCGCAGCAGCCCCCCGAGGCUGGAGGCGGCAAAGGGCGUGCGGCGGCCGACGCCCUCAAUCGCCAGAUCCGAGAGGAGGUGGCGAGCGCUGCGGGCAGCUCGUACAGAAAUGAAUUCAGAGCGUGGACGGAUAUUAAGCCUGUGAAACCUAUCCGAGCCAAGUCCCAGUACAAGCCCCCAGAGGACAAGAUGGUUCACGAAACCAGCUAUAGUGCCCAGUUCAAGGGUGAGCCAAACAAGCCCACACCAGCAGAGAAUAAAGUCAUUGAUCGCAGAAGAAUCCGCAGCCUCUAUAGUGAACCUUUCAAGGAAUCAUCUAAGGUGGAGAAGCCCAGUGCUCCAACCACCAAACCAAAAAAGACCCCGACAAGCCAUAAACCGCUGAAGAAGGCCAAAGAGAAGCAGCUGACAUCUGGCCGGAGCACCAAGAAAAAGGGCCCAACAGCGCGCGGAGCCAGCGGGGCUGGGCCACAAGACAAGGAGCAAAGUACAGAGAUGAACAAUAAACUGGCUGAGGCAAAAGAGUAAAUUUCCUUGCACCUUCCUUCCUUUCCCCUCUUCUCUCCUUUGGGUUUUCUUUUGUUGUUGUUGUUAUUUGUUUUCUUUUCUUUUUUUUUAAAUAAAGGCCACAAAAUUAAUUAGAGCUUCUAAUCUGCUUUGGUUAUAAACCCGUUAGAAGCUUUUGGGGGAGGGAGAGGCUGGAGAGGGGUUUUUGGUUUCUUUUCCCAUGGCUGGCUAGAAAGCCUCAUUGCUAAGAUCACAGAUUCCAUCAUGCUUCCAGCACUCCAACCCACUCAGGACCAUUAAGAGAGGGAGGCAUGGAGCUACAAUUACCCAUGCAUACCUAUCCAUGUUAGUACCCAUCACUCUCCAUCCCUACUGGGAACGAGAUUAGAAGAGAAGGCUGAGAAAGAUAUUUGAGAUAGGACUCAAGAGGCAUGGUGCCAUUGAUAGAUCACUGGCCUGGGUCUGAGUUCUGGUUCCACCAUGAGGUUGGGCAUUUCAUUUAUUCUUUCAGAGCCUCAUCUGUUAAAUAAGGGAGCUAGAGUAGAUGAUUUCUAUGAUCCCUUAAGGGUAUGAAUUUCAAUGAUUCCUUAAGAUGUACUGAUUUCACAGGGGUCUUCUUGACUUUCAUGGAAAUCUCCUGGUGCUGCUUUAAAGUAUCCACAGAAAUGCCUUCUCAUGCUCAUUUUUAGGGUCUUUCAUGGAAGACAUGUUCAUUUCUCAAAUUCAGAUGAUUAUCAUGUGUUGCAAAAAAAAAAUGUCUGUAAUUGUUUGUGGAAAUAUAAUGAAUGAUCUUGGCCUUAAUGUAGAUAAAACAAAAUUAGUCACAACUGUCAGGAUUCAUUGUGUUUUUAUAGAAGGCUUCAUUAGGAAGAUAGAGCUAUGUCUGUUUCCAGUAACUACCCUUGAAAUUCUGUGUCAAUUCACAAAUGUGCUAAAUGAUCACGUGGAGCCAAUGUAGGAAUGACUUAGGAACAUCCUAGAAGACAGGAUCAGUUCACCAGGGAACAGAGAUGGAAGCAGAUGUUUGCCCUAGUGACUGAGUGUUAUUUUGGCUCAGUGCCUCAGACUUUGUAGACAAGACCAAUUCAAAGUCAUGACACUGAAAGAAGAAUCCAAGAGUCGUUGCUAUAGAGCCUUUAGAAAGGGAUCAUCACAUCUCUUAGAAAAAGGUAGGAUUUAAAGUAGGGAUAGUAGUAAAAUUUGUGGUGGUUUUUUUUUUAAGUUUUCCUCUUUCCAAGCUCUUCUCUUUUCCUCAGAGAAGAACAGAGGUUGCUGAAGCACCACUUUGUAGGAAAGUUUCUAGGACUUGGUUGGAGACUGAGAGUUGUAUGAUAAAAGUGGUUAGCGAGGGUUUGGGACCUAAGUAAGGACCCAGUGAAGAGCUUGGUGUAUUGUGUAACUUAUCUGUAUGGCUUGUGCCCCAGGUCUAAGGGUCACAUUUUGUGUGUCACCAUGGGAAUCAUUCCCAAGCUUAGCUUUAGAAUAUGAACUAGUUAGGAUGUCAAUGUGAACAUACCUUCAGUACUUAGGAGGGCACCAUGGAAAUCACCCAGGGAAACAAGUCCUUGGGACCACUUGAGGACAUAACUCAUUCUGACAUGCAUGCUUUCAUGGACCCCAUCUCACUGAUCUCAUUCAUAGUGAUCUUCAAUGUCCCCAAACCAAGGGAAAUACCUUAACACUGCUUGACAGCAAGCAUCAGCUGCUGAUUCUUUUGUGUUUUUUCCUUUCAUGCAAAUAAGGGAAACUUGAUAUAUCUUAGUGGAAGUAGAAUAAAGGCCUCACAAUUCCUCAUUUCAAAUAUACCCUUGGGUCCUUCCUGUUCCCUGGAAGUGGACCAUCACCAAGCUCUAUGGGAUUCUUAACCUUAAGGCCAGAGCCUCCAUUUAUACUUGUCUGUUUAUGGGUCCUGAUGAGUCUGACUGUCCAACUCCUCACAAAUUAAGCACUUAAAAUGCAUAAUGACACUUACUAGUGCCCCGUCAGACCCAUCAGACCCACCUUUUAUCUCAGGAUAUAGGACUGUGAGGAAGAUAAAGAGCUAUCGAAAAUAGAUGAUAUUAGUCAAAAUCAGACCCUAAACUCUGCUCGUUCCUACUUAGGAAAGUUUGUUUCAAGAUGCAUUAUAGAUGAAGUCCAAAUCUCAGCUAUUAGCUGGCUAAACUUAACAUUAAUCAGAAGUUAUUGUUAAGAGAGAACCAGAUAAUUUUGACGUUGCUCAAAUUUCCAUUGCUCUUUCCAAAACUCAGCAUUCAUCAGACAGGUUGACCCUAGCGAUGGUUUGCGUUUUAGGUACAACACAAUCAUAUAAAUUCCCUUCAGAUCAUCUUGAAUUCCUUUAAAAACUUUGAGCAUUUCAAGCUAAUAUUUCAAAGUAUGGGUAACGUAGAAGAUUUUUUUUAACUGUGGGCCCCAUUCUUGCCACUGUAUGGUAGUUUUACGUACCUGACAGCAAAACUGUUUUGAGAACUUUUCCAAACAAAUGAUUUGGGGGCCAGGUGAUUAACAUCUAUCGCCUGCAUGCUGUCUGUCAUGUAGUAACAAGAGCUCUAGUCUUGAAGGGAGGAGACCUGAGUUCAUACACCAACUGUUAAUAUUUACUAGCCAUGUGGCCCCAAGCAAAUCACCUUCCCUCUUGGGAUCUGUUUCAUCAUCUGCAAAAUAGGGGUAGUAAUCCACCUCACUGGAGCACUGUUACGAAAGUGCUUUGCAAGCCUUAAAUAAUAAAUGUUUCCAUAACGCCUUGUGGUAUAUAAACUGUAAGGUUUACAGACGAUUUAAAAACCAUCAUCCCAUCUUACCAAUGAAGAAAUUAAGGUUUAGCGAGGUUAAGCGAUUUAUCUGGGGUCACGUGGUACUAUAUGUCAACGUGAAUUAAUAACAUUAUUAUUACACACUCGCACAAAAUGAUAUUUGUGAAAGUCACUAUACACAGUGGCAUGGUUUAAAAUGUCUUGUAGCUAUGUUCUCAUAUAUAAAGAUGUACUCUUCAGUUUGGCCUGAAGCUACAGAUGGCUUCCGCAGCUCUGCACAAAGGAUAGAAUUUGACCUCUUGUCAUUGAAUUUAGUGAAGGAUAUUGCAAAUAGUCUAGUCUGCAUUCAGGUCCUGGGCCUUCCAGGACAGAACCCCAAGUGAUUCGAUCUAGGAAGUCCAGGUGAUGAUAGCUCAGAAGCAUUUGGUGUGUGCUGUGACUGGCCAGGGAGAAGGGAGCCAGAAGACCAGUUACAUGGGGUAGGCAUCCGUUCUUAAAAAGCCACAUAACUAAGGAGUGUCAUCAAGAAAGCUCAUUCAUUCACUCAUUUAUUCAACAUUUAGCAAGCAUUUAUUAAGUACCUACUGCAUGCCAUUUAGAGUUUCCUUUGAAUCUUGGGCUUUUUUGGAAAAUCCUUUUUCCCAUUUCCAAAUAUGACUCACCAGGGAUUUGGCCACCAGAUGAUGAAUUUUCUUGGCCACAGUAACUCAUGAAAGAGUCUGCUAAAGCAUGGGGGGGGUUGCAGUCUGUCUUACCGAGGGGAAUGCUCACGCCAAUGAAAUCACGUAUCUUUCAAGUGUUAAAGGAUGACUCCGACAGAGCAGAUUCCACUCCAGCUUAAUUCCCGUGCCAAUUUGUAAUCGCUGUAGGUUUCAUGUAAAAUGUACUCUCUCCUCCUUAUGAAAAUGGAGGUGCUUUGACCACCUGCUUCGUACCAUUUUGUCCUUGUAUCUGGCUACCUCCCUUUGCAACGUCAUGCUCAAGUUGUUCUUUUGUUUGUCCUGAGAGUUUGCUGAAUAAAAAUCCAUGCUCUUGCUUACCUGCGGCUUUCUGUUUGCUACAUUCUUCUCAUCAGACCCAUGGACUUUUGCCUUGUUGCGCCAGAUCGGAAGCAUCUAAUUACUAUUUUGUGGCCUGGGUUUUGUCACCUCUCAUGGAUUAUCUAUGUAUUGUGCUGAGCCUUCUGGCCUUGCUGUUAGUAGGAGAAUGACACAAAGUACCCAUGUAUAGCCAAUUGAUUGUGACGUGCUUGUGGUCUUUGCUUGCUCAAAAAAAACCAAAAAAAACAUACAUACAUACACCGGGUUUUUUUUUCCCCCAAUGAUAAAUAAAUGCUAAAGACAAAUACCA